AUGAAAAUGCCGUUAAUACUUAUUAUUACCUUUUUCAUUUUCUCUGUGAAUGCUAAGGAUUCUAUACAGAAACCAAUGGACCCUCAAGAAAGUAAUCAUCCUCAGCCUGAAAUAAAACCACUGCAAUAUUCUGAGAAGAUCUCAAAAGAACCUAAUAAAAAGCCCUUGAUGAUUUCUUUCUUACAAAUCAGUAACGAUAACUCUGGUCAGGAUAAUGACGGACUUGACGAUAAGAAAAAAGUAUAUAUGGUUUUUAUAUUCAAUUUCGUAGCCUGUAUUGCAUGCUUUGCUUUGCUGCAAGGAAUUUUAAUUUUUAGUAAAAAGAUGAAUAGCAAGCUGACAAGUCUGAGGGCGAAUUACAAGAACUUCGUUGCUUUAUCCCAAUUUAAGGAUUUUCAAAGGCAAUUUUGGAAGCCAAGUCCAGGUUCUCAAGCUCAAAGACCUAAUUAA